CAGCUGGUUGCAUCGCAGGGGAGCUACCUUGGUCUCAACGUAUCCUUGAGGGCCCCGAGAGACUUGGCCAAGAAGAUGAAUUCUUCCCUGUAUCCACUGGACCAGAACUCUGCUGACCUGUCAAACUUCUCCGCUCCAUUUUGCCUGCUUGACAUCAGCUAUUCCAGAGUCUUCACCACCUGCCUUCUGGAGGUCUCCAUUAUACUCCUCCUCACCGUUCUGAUCAUUUUGGGCAACCUGGUGGUGAUUUUUGUCUUCCACUGUGCGCCUUUGCUCAGCCAGCACACCACCAGCGCCUUCAUCCAGACCAUGGCGUAUGCCGACUUGCUCGUGGGCGUCAGCUGCCUCUUCCCUUCCCUGUCCCUGCUCCAUCACCUCCAGGAACUGGACCCCAAGCUCACCUGCCAGGUGUUCGGCUACCUGGUGUCCGUCUUGAAGUCGGUCUCGAUGGUGUCUUUGGCGUGCGUGAGCGUGGACCGCUACAUCGCCAUCACACGCCCCCUGACCUACGCCUCCCUGGUCACGCCAUGCCGGGUGCGCUGCUGCAUCGUCCUGAUAUGGCUGUACUCGGCGCUGGUGUUUCUGCCCUCGUUCCUCGGCUGGGGAAAGCCGGGUUACCACGGCGACGUGGUGGAGUGGUGCGCCCUGGAGUGGAGGACCCGCCCGGCCUUCACCGCCUUCAUCGUGGCGCUUGUGUACGCCCCCGCCACCCUCACCGUCUGCUUCACCUACGGCAACAUCUUCAAGAUCUGCCGACAGCACACACGGGAGAUCAGCGAACGCCACGCUCGCUACCGACCUCAGCAGCACCAAGACCCCGUCAUGACCUCUGGAUCUUUGGUCAAUGACGACAGCGCGGCGGACCAAAGGCACUUGCCCAGCUUGUCCAAACCCCAAUACCAGCAGCCGUCCCCGACAUACCCGGAUAAACGAUACGCCAUGGUGCUGUUCCGGAUUACCAGCGUUUUCUACAUCCUCUGGCUGCCGUACAUCCUCUACUUUCUGCUGGAGAGCGGCGGGAUCUACCACCACCCGGCGGCUUCCUUCCUCACCACCUGGCUGGCCAUCAGCAACAGCUUCUGCAACUGUCUCACCUACAGCCUCUCCAACUCCGCCUUCAGGAAAGGCCUGAAGCGCCUCUGCUCCUACUGCUUGCAGCGCGGCAGCGGCGGCUGCUUCAGGGUCAGGAAGCCCAAGAAUGCCUUUGUCGGAUCGGUAGAGCAGGGGUGCGGCGGGCAAGGGUACGAAUCGCGCAAAGGCGACAGAGGGGUCGGCACCACGUGUCACGUGUAGCGCCCGCAUCCGGGGGUCCGAUCUUGUGUCUCUCCUAAAUGUUCUGAGACAGAAAGGGAGGCGUCGUCCCGCCAUCCGCUGCUUCUGUCACAUUUGGAGGUUACGCAGACGUCCUCUCUGGCACUGAGAGGACUCCGGAGCCACGGAUAAAUUGCUCCACAAGGUGUCAUUCAAUCAUGGGGUGGGGGGAACGAAACUGUCAUUUAUUCGCCAGACAAAACAAUGCAAACAGAAGUUUGUGGGUGUUCUUGUGUAAGACCAAUCGAGCUUUGUCGGCAGAAAACAAGCCUCAUGGACUCUCACACUAUUAUGUUAGAUCCACUAUGGACUGGACUCUCUCACUAUUAUGUUAGAUCCACUAUGGACUGGAC